AUGUACGUCUCUACCCGCGAAGGCGGGACCAGUGUUUUCCGCAGCCCCAGCCCCAAAGAGUUACACGAAAUGCAAUGGCAGAUCGGCACUGGUGGGGCCGGACGGUUGGUCAAGAUGGAGCAAGUUGUCCCAGCUGCUCCACCAUCCCAGGAGGCGGACACGAGCAACGGCAACGACAUCACCGAUAUCGACGGAAGCCGGGACAGCCCGGAUAGCUUGUGCGCCCCAAACUCCCGCGAACGCCGGCCCGAGAACAGGCGUCGUGUCUGGUUUACCAACAUUUUUGGUCUAGAGACUGUUCUGUCCUUGCGCGAACCACCUGAUCCAAAACCGGUACCGCUGCCCGAAGGUUGUGUGACGCCGCACCCGAUCUUCGCCCGAAAGUUCUCCUUGGUAGCCGACAACCAGCCUUUGCCGCCUUCGCUCCCCCACGAUAUGAUGCCUACCGCGGAUAUCAAGGCCAGGAGGCUCCUUGCGGAUGCUGCGGUGCAGGGAUUGAUGGGUCCUUCCUAG